AGAAAACUAGAACACGCAAAAGGGGGAAAUAUGCAAAAGAUAAAGCAUCCCCUCCCAUUCCCAAAACCAAAACUCCUCCGUAUAACAGCAAGGAAAUGCUGCUAUGAGAAGAGGCAAAAGCUGAAAAGACUCAACAGUGGCAUGAAGUGGAUAAAAUCCGAUAUCGAAGAAAUAAGUGAAGAGCAGAAAGAGAUCAAAGAGAAGCAGACGCAAUUAAGAGAAAAAUUUGAAGCCAUCGACUUGGAAUGUCAACAACUUCAGAAAGAGACAAAGUUGAUAAUACAGCAGAGUGCCAGAACCCAGAUCCGAUUAGCUCUAAUGUUUCAGAUCUUGAAAGCAAGAGAAAAUCUGGAAUUUGACAAGGCAGCCUUGCUCACUAAUGCUCUCCGUGAAGUGAUAGCGGGGGAAGGGCAGGAAAUGAAUGGUUCAGGAAAAUGAAGAUUGGAGGUGGAACCGAACUCAAUUGUUAUUGAUUUCCUUUAUAUGUCUGUCAACGUUGUCAUCCAACUUUCACUACUAUCUGUAUCUUUAAGUUUAGGUAGUAAGUUUGGAUUAAAUAAAAGUUUAUGCUAUUGUAACA